AUGUCUUAUAUCGCAUAUCUGUCACGAGUUUUAUCUUUUUUCAGACAAGGACCCGUUAAGCUGAUUGACUUUUCAGAUGCUGUUGAAAGAUUCCACAGAGAUUCUGAUUUGCUUUUUGCUGAUGCUUAUAAGGUAUUGAAGGAGAAGAGUCCCAGUCAUCCAAUGACGGCAGCUGAACAACAAUGUUGUCGACCGAAAAACAGAUAUACAAAUAUUCUACCAUUUGAUCAUUCUCGAGUUAAACUGCGACCGUCUGAUGAUAUGGAAGGGUCGGACUACAUCAAUGCCAACUAUAUUCCUGGUUAUAAAUCUCGUAGAGAAUAUAUUGCUACCCAGGGCCCUAUGCAAGCUACUUUUGAUGACUUCUGGAGAAUGGUGUGGGAGCAAAAUGUUGAUACUAUCGUCAUGUUGACAAAACUAAUGGAAAAAGGACGGCGUAAGUGUGAUAAAUAUUGGCCGGACAUGGGAGAACCAGUUUUCUACGGAGAUUUGGUUGUUUCCCUUCAGUCAGAAUCCAACAUGUCUGACUAUAUUAUUAAGAUAUUUGAAGUAAAAACGAAAACACAACGGAAAAUGGUUCGUCACUUUAGUUACUUGAAGUGGCCAGAUAUGGGUUGUCCAGAAACACCUGAAUUAUUGUUAGAGUUCGUAAAAGCUGUAAAACAGUAUGGCAAUCGGGGACAGGAAUCAUCGAAUGGGCCAAUGAUUGUCCAUUGCAGUGCUGGUGUAGGUCGUACUGGGACAUUUAUAGCCGUGGAUUACUUGUUACAGCAUAUCAAAGAUCACGACGAGGUGGAUAUAUUUAAUCUUGUCCUUGAAAUGAGAAACAAUCGAUUGAACAUGGUACAGACAGAGGACCAGUACAUUUAUAUUCACGAAUGUAUUAAGUCGUUUAUCACAACUCAACAAGAAGAAGAAGAACAAGAAGACGAUGAUGAUGAAGCUAUUUACGUGAAUACAGGAUUUGGAGCCGAUGAAGAAAAUUUAUACGCCAAUACUUAAAAUUAUAUAUAAUGACUGGUGAUAUCGAUGAACAAAGUGUAGAAACAGCUAUAAUUUCUAAUGAACAUACAUGUUUUUACAGAAAAUAUAUAUAUACUUAUAUGGCUUUGACUAGAAAAAAAAUCUACAUAUUUUGGAAAAUACUCGCUAAAAUCACA